GAAAACAAGAUUUCAUCUACUAUUUUUUGAAUUAUUGACAGACAGUUCCAGUUGAAGCAUAUAAUGUUCAAGUGUCUUUGGAAUUGCGGUUGAAGUAAGAAGCCGUUAAACUAAUACGAGUUAGUAUACAAAUAACUUUAGACUGCCAAGCGUAAUUUUUCAAAUAUGGUGUUAAAACUUUUUCAAAUAUUUGAUACUGACGAAAAAGUACCAGAGAAUGAAAGUACUAGCUCGAAUCACAGUCCUCCAAUAUGGUUGUUUUGGAAGGCAAAAAGAUAUAUCGUAACCUUGAUGGUUUUCUUGGGACUUAUUAAUACUUAUCUUUUAAGAGUUAAUCUGAGUGUAGCUAUAGUUGCAAUGACUCAAUAUUAUAAUGUUACUUUACCAAACGGAACUAUUGAGCAAGUUAGAGAUUUUGAUUGGGAUAGUAAAGUUCAAGGAUAUCUUUUAAGCUCUUUCUUUUACGGAUACGUCUUUACUCAACUAAUUGGAGCAUACUUAGGAAUUAAGUAUGGUGGACGAAUAGUAAUUGCUACUGGAAUCGGAUUAGCAUCAAUUUUAACUUUACUCACGCCAGUUGUAGCUCAAGUUAAUGUUUAUUUAUUUAUAAUAGUCAGAAUUUUGGAAGGAUUAUUUGAGGGUUUUAUAGUUCCAAGUACUUUAAUUUUGUGGAGAAAUUGGGUGCCACCAUUAGAAAGAUGUCGCUUAUUAACCAUAUCCAUUUCUGGAACAUACCUGGGAACAGUAAUUUGUCUACCUAUGUCUUCGGCACUAGCUUCUAAAUUUGGUUGGGAGAGUAUUUUCUAUGUAACUGGAGCGUCUGGUUGUUUAUGGUGUUUAUUUUGGCUACUAUUAGUAGUCGACUCGCCUUCAGACGAUAAAACAAUAUCUAAAGAAGAAUUACAUUAUAUCACGUCUUCUCUUCAAGAAUCACGGAUGGAAAAUAAUACAAAAGUUCCGAUUUGGUCAAUUUUAACAUCAGUUCCAGCGUGGGGUCUACAUAUAGCUGUGUCUUGCGAGCUUUGGGGAUUCUACACACUUUUAACCCAAAUACCGAAGUUUAUGAAAUAUAUCUUAAAAUUUGAUUUGAGCUCAUCAGGACUGGUAUCGGCAUUACCUUAUUUAUCUGUGACAGUAAUGGUGCAAUUAGCUGGCCGUUUAUCAGAUUACAUACAAGCUAAAAAUAAAUUUUCAAACGGUUUUAUUAGAAAAUCAUUCGUAGCCUUCGGUUUUGGUAUUCAAUUUUUAUUCAUUAUAAUAUCUAUUUACUGGUUAUCACCAGUUACUACCACUUUAUGUCUCACGGUAGCGGUGGGCUUUGGAGGAUUUUCCAUGGCAGGAUUUUCUGUUAACAGUUUGGAUCUAAGCCCACAAUUCGCUGGUAUUAUCGUUGGAUUAUCGAAUACUAUUGCGACACUUCCUGGAAUAGUUAGUCCCAUACUAACAGGAUACAUUGUAACUGAUGAGAAAAACGUAGAUCAAUGGAGAAUUGUCUUCUGCAUAGCUGGUUGCGUUUAUUUAUUCGGUGCCAUACUUUAUUGUUUAAUCGGUUCAGGAGAAUUGCAGCCAUGGGAUCAAUCAAAGGAAUCACCAGAGCGUGAAUGAAAUACAGUUGACUGAAUUAUAAAAAUCUGUAUAAGUGAUUUGUGAAUUUAUAAAUAGUGAACAAUGGAAAGUUGAAAUUAUUUUUUAAAAAAACGAAUUAAUAAAUGAUUUGAGUCGA